AUGGUUACUUUGUCAAUAACUAUCGAAUUCUAUACUUGGAUUUCAACCUUCACCUGGAUAUCGAUCAAUAUCUACUUAGUAGAACCACUGUAUCUCAUGAUAAAAACCCUGGCCGCUCUAGAUCCUAUAGCCAAUUUAGUUCAAGUAAAAUAUCGUCUAGAAGUAAUUGGUGAUUUAUUGGAGUACUAUUAUUAUCACGAUGAUAAUAAUCCUCAAGUGAUCAAAGAUGUCACAGUUGAAAGAGUUUGGAUUUCACAAGAAGUAAGGAAGUCAAAACAUCGCGAUCCCUCCCGGAGAGCUUCAGUCAAUUGUCGCGACAUAAUAAAUCAUCUAAGUAAAUGUUACAUGUUACUUAUCGAUCAAUCUGAUUUUAUAAACUUAAAGUAUGGAAUCAGGGCAUUAUUCAAUACUUCAAAUAAUUUACUUUUUUUGGCGUCGUUGGUAAGGAUUUUCAUUUACACGAUUAUAUUAUUUUGUGAGGUCCAUCAAUGUGAACAAACCUACAGACAAAUAGAAAGAAUCAUCCGAUUGAUCGAUCAACUGUUGAUAAGCAAGAAGAUUGGUAAAGGUUUUAUUUAACUUGACUUUUACGUCCUUAAUAAUUGGUUUGUCCUUUUAUACUGUAUACUAUUUCAUUCAUUUAUUGGUUUCAUCAUUCAUCAUAUAUAUUUUGCUAAUUUAUACAGUAUUGGGGUUUUAUUUCUUUAGAUAUUUUAUUAAUGUAAUGUAAUAUUACAGGUAAAGUAACACGGGAGACGCUUACAGAAUUCAAAGAUGUGAUUUCAUCGAGACCUCUCAAUUACCACGCUGUGAAUUUUU